AUGAUGGAGUCGUUUGUUGAUGUACCGAGUCAGAACGGACACCCCUGUGACACCGCAGGCGCAGUAAAAGAAGGCGAGGGAGACGAUAUCCUCGCAGAUGAUCAAGUCGAGUCGAGUCGAUCCAAGCAGAGGCAAGCAAGGUGCUAUGCACUAGAUGUUGUUUCUGUCUGGGCAGAGUCGGCCGGCAGUGACGGUAGUACCGAGGAAGUACCCCUUUGGCAGUCAAAGUGUGUCAAAGAGGGGAAGAGGAAAGCAGAAGAAUAUAGUAGGAGGAGGAAGAAGAAGAAGAACAAGAAGAAGGAGAAGAAGGAGAAGGGAGAUAAAGUCGAAGGAAGCCGGCGAGAGAUGAGGCUAAAGAAGCGAAGAGAAGGCUACGUCAGAGCCAGCAAGAAGGAUGCAAGUCAUGGGCGGCCCAUGGAGACAUCGACAUCAUGGAUGGCAUGCCAUGGCAUCUCUCGGAGAGGGGGCACCAAAGAGUGGUCAGAGGUCCCGGGGAGACAGCCAGCCAGGCAAGCCGCAGGCGUGAGCAGGCAAGGUACCGGUACAUCGCCAACAAGUGACCAGCUCACAGGGGGUCCCUUCAACUAG